AGCAUUUGGCCACAAGAGCGCGAGCCUGAGCCACACCAGAUGCGAGGAGAUGACAACAAUCCCGUCCCCUUUAGUCCGAAAAAUUGUGGGUAAAGUAAAGCAUUCCAUUCCAAACACUGCCAAAGCCACACCGGAGGCUGUAAACGGCUUACUUCCACACACUUCAGCAUCUCUCCGUCUUGCACGAUGAUCCCUGACAACCAAGAUAUCGGACACACAGUUGGUUUUUAUUUCAUUUUUCUGUCGUUCGUUCCUGUCAACAUUGUCACCGGCAACACAAGACCAGGCUCCCAGAACCAGGAUUCAGAGGAAGUCCUCUAUGACAGCCAGCUAGACCUGCAAGAGAUAGUGUUUGUGAUCCAGAGCCAGAGUAACUCAUUCCACAUGAGUUGGGCGAAGAGACAGAGAGCAGACCUGUUACAACAGACUCAGAGCCUCACACAGACACCCCCUCCAGUCCUGCUCCUCCACAGUCUGACAGACAAUGAGGGAGACUGGAGCAUCCUUCCUCUGCUGCCUUACUUCUCCUCGUUGUUUGGGAAGAACUCGUCCUGGUUGGUGUUUCUGGAAGAGGAGACUAACGUCAAGGUGACCAAGCUGCUCCAGGCCCUCAGGAAGUUUGACAGGAGAAAAGAGUGGUUCCUGGGUAAACCUCUCCAUGACGAGGAGUCGACCAUCAUCCACCACUACGCCUUUGCAGAGAACCCCUCCAUCUUUAAAUACCCAGACUUCUCUGCUGCCUGGGCCCUUAGCAUCCCCCUGCUUGACAGGCUCGCAAACAAAGUGAGAGAUGAUCCACUCAAGUCUGACUUCACUAUCGAUCUGAAGCAUGAGUAUCUUCCCGUGUUGUUGCAGGUGGCUCUGUAUAUCUGGGAGAAUGGCCAAGGACCUCGUCUGACAGCAGUCCCAGAGCUGUGUACUGAGCCAGAACACUCUCCCACUGCCCAACACUGUGCUACCACGCUCAGGAGACUUGCUCCCCUGUGUGGGGAGCCUGUAAAGAAGGAAGACAUCUUUGUUGCUGUGAAAACUUGCAAGAAGUUUCACAGUGAGAGAGUCCCAGUGGUGAAGAAGACGUGGGAGAGAGAGGCAUCUCUGUUGGAGUAUUACAGUGACCACACUGACCCCUCCAUACCUACCAUCGACCUAGGAGUCCCCAACACAGAGAGAGGUCAUUGUGGGAAGACGUUUGCCAUCUUGAAGAGGUAUAUCAGCGAUGCGGUGCCAAAGACAAGCUGGCUGCUGGUGGUGGAUGAUGACACACUCAUCAGCCUGCCCAGACUGCAGAUGCUGUUGAGCUGUUACGACCCCUCUGAACCGCUGUGUCUAGGGGAGAGGUACGGCUACGGGCUGGGCCAGGGAGGCUACAGCUACAUCACUGGAGGAGGGGGGAUGGUGUUCAGUAGGGCCGCGGUGGUGAGGCUCCUGGCCAGUGACUGCAAGUGUUACAGUAAUGACGCCCCUGAUGACAUGGUGCUGGGGAUGUGUCUCAACGCUCUGGGGCUCCCUGUCACGCAUAGCUCCCUCUUCCACCAGGCACGACCUGAAGACUACUCCAGAGACUUCCUAGCCCACCAGGUGCCCAUCUCUUUCCACAAACACUGGAACAUCGACCCCGUUGCCGUCUUCAACAGGUGGCUAAAGGAUGAGUCGAUUUCAACAAGCUCACACGGACUAAACAAGAGCACCAAGGAAGAGUUAUAGUCACUCAGACACUAUCAGUCUUGGUGUGUGUGUGUGUGGAGUCAUGGACAAACAUAUUGUCAGCAUGUUUCCUCCAUCGGUGUAAAUGUUUUCUAUAUUGUGAAUCUUACGGAGAUAUAAUUUGGAAGGUUCAUGCAAGCCUGUCCCUGACUGUAUGUAUGGGAACUUAUUCAUGACUGAGGCCAGGAUUCAAUCCAAGGCGCGUUAGAGCAGCGCAAUAUAAUGGACUCUCAAAGGUAAAUGAUGCUUGAGUCGACAUGCUAGCAUUUACCAUGAAUGCGAUCUCGGCGAACGCCGGGGAAAACGCCUUUAGAAGACAUAUUGUCGGCUGUCUAACGCUCAGCUAUAGGUAUUGAAUCCUGGCCACAGUUUCAAUUGAUUUGCAUGUUGAGGUUGUCAGUGUGUGUUCGGAUCUUGUCUGUGUAUAUUUAUAUGAUCUAAUCUAUUCCUUGCCAAGUUGAACAAUUAAACAGUUAUUUUUUCUUAA